GAUUAAGCAUUCACAGAAGACAAACCAAACCCUCUCUCUAGUCCCUCCCGCUGCGAAGCCCGACGCUGAGUGAGUUGUGAGUAUUGUGACCUGUUGUCGGCUGCCAUCGAGUCGUCGACGCCAACGCCGACGCCGACCUCCGACCUCCACCGUUGCCCGACGCCAUUGUAGACAAAUUUCAAGGAAGAGCUGAUAAUGUAAAAUCCCUCUGUUAAAGACUGAUUGUAGCCUACUGAUCUGAAUUUGGUGUCUAAACUGGCUUCCAAGCUGAAAUUUCCUUACCCAAAGAUGCGAAUUUGUAAGAUUGUGCAUGCCGGUUGAAGAUGGCAUUUUAAGUACCAGAUUCAGCUCAAGGAGCAUGUUUUGGUUAGCAAGGCAAAGAGUAUAAAUACCUUGUGAGAUUAAGGCUGGAUGUGAUUCGAUUCUAUUUUUGAAAUGAGAUCUACAGUGAACCAGACAUCAUUUAAUGGAAACGACAGUUAGCACACCAAAAUGUUGAUAAUUUGAGGAUGGAUGUGACAAAAUUGAAAGAAUUAAGUCCUGAUUUAAACAAAUGCAUUAGUAUGAGGGCCAUUUCUGAAAAUUAGCCUAGAAUCCCUAAAACCCAUUUGCGUUUCCAUCCAUUCCCACCUUAAACCCUAAAGAAUACCAAUUUCCUUCCCUAUUCCACAAUGCAUUUCUCUUCCGAUUUCCUUUGGAAUCAAUUAAAACCCCUUCUCAAAACUCUCCGCCACAGCCAAAUUUUCCUCCGCCAAAUGGGUGGUGGCCCGCGCACCUUCCCGGGCGGUCUCAACAAAUGGCAGUGGAAGCGAAUGCACGAGAAAAAAGCUCGGGAGAAGGAGAAACGCCUCCUUGAGCAAGAAAAGCAAGUCUACCAGGCUCGAGUACGGUCUGAAAUCCGGGCCAAGCUUGCUAAUCCUGAGAAGCCGGGUUCUCAAAAACCCGAGCAAAACCGGCCCAAUUAUGGACCGUUAUCUCCCGAAGACCACAUCAAGGCCCUCGCAGAUCGGUUCAUGAAGGAGGGAGCUGAGGAUUUGUGGAAUGAAUGUGAUGGCCCUGUUAGGACUCAGGUGCCUAAGCUGCCAAAAAGCCAGGUUUUUGGUGAGCCUAUUAACUUACGGAAACUGAUUUUGGAGAAAUCAUGUAUAAGUGGUAAGAAAGAGAAUGGUGUGGGCGAACUUUCGGGGAAAUUGAGUGGUUUCUCUAGAUCGAAGAAUUUUUCUACUUAUACUGUGUCGGGUAGUAAUUUAAUGGGGAAUCGCUUGAUUGAGUAUUCAAAAAAAGUGCAUACUGGAAUUGGUUUAAUAUAUAGUUAUGGGAUUUUUUUGAGUACAAAUAAAUUAAUAAAUUUGAGGCGUUAUUAUACUGCGGAUGUGGGGAGUACAAUUAGAAGUAAAAGGCUGAAUUUUGCAAGUAACAACAGUUUAACAAGCAAUGAUGGUGCAGUUUCGAAAGAAGGGUCCUCUGGCGGGAGGAGAGUGAGAUGGCCGAGGUUUCGCGGUAAUAAAAUGGACUCAUCGGAUGACGAUGACACUGAUGAUUAUGAUGAUGAGGAGGAAAUGGAAAGUAGAGCGAGAAGGAUUGUGGGUAGCAGUGCAGCAUUGGGAAAAUACGACAUGAAGACAAAGAAGCGAGUACCUUUGAAGUUUCUGGAAGAAGAGAAUGAUUUAUCUCAGCAAGUUGAGGCAAUCAGGGAGCAGUUCAACAAGAAGAGUUUAGAGGAAGAUGGAGGAGAAAAGGGCGAAGAGGAAUCCCUUCUUAGUUCAAGAAGGUUUGAUGAGUGUGAUAUAUCUUCGUUGUCAGUCCGAGCACUUGCAGAGGCAGGCUAUUUGCAAAUGACCAGGGUCCAAGAUGCUACACUUUCCGCUUGCCUUGAAGGUAAGGAUGCUUUGGUCAAAGCCAGAACUGGCACGGGCAAAAGUGUCGCUUUUCUGCUUCCUGCUAUUGAAACAGUUCUGAAGGCAUCAUGUAGUAAAAUAGAUCGGCGGGUCCCAAGAUCCCCACCUGUAUAUGUUCUUAUUAUCUGUCCCACAAGAGAACUUGCAAGUCAAAUUGCGGCAGAAGCUAAUGUUCUCUUGAAGUACCAUGAAGGAAUUGGUGUGCAAACACUAAUUGGAGGAACACGAUUUAAAGUUGAUCAAAAACACCUAGAAUCAGUUCCAUGUCAGAUUAUUGUUGCAACUCCUGGUAGACUGUUGGAUCACGUCGAAAACAAGUCUGGCUUGUCUGUGCGGUUGAUGGGACUGAAGAUGCUUAUACUCGAUGAAGCAGACCACUUGCUAGACCUUGGAUUUCGAAAGGAUAUGGAGAAAAUUGUUGAUUGUUUGCCACGCCAGAGGCAGUCUUUACUCUUUUCAGCUACAAUUCCAAAGGAGGUCCGUCGCAUAUCUCAACUCGUUCUGAAACGGGAACAUGCCUACAUUAAUACAGUGGGCAUUGGUUAUCUGGAAACUCAUUCCAAGGUUAAGCAAUUUUUUUAUGUGGCACCACACGAACAACAUUUUCAAAUAGUACACCAUCUUAUAAAAAGCCAUAUAUCUCAAGUACUUGGUUACAAGGUUAUUGUUUUCUGUACAACAGCAAUGAUGACAUCCCUCAUGUUUUCCCUUUUGCGUGAGAUGAAAUUAAAUGUCAGAGAGAUUCAUUCCAAAAAGCCUCAAUCCUAUCGUACUAGAAUAUCUGACGAAUUCAAGGAAUCGAAAGAAUUGAUUCUGAUAACAUCUGAUGUUUCAGCCCGAGGGAUGAAUUAUCCUGAUGUUACACUGGUUAUUCAGAUGGGUAUACCCUCAGAUCGAGAACAGUAUAUUCAUCGUCUCGGAAGAACAGGGCGGCAGGGGAAAGAAGGCGAAGGAAUUCUAUUGCUUGCACCUUGGGAACAAUUUUUCAUGGAUGAUAUUAAGGACCUUCCCGUUGAGAAAUGCACAUCGCCACAUUUGGAUCCUGAUGCAAUAGUAAAGAUGGAAGACUCGAUGAAAAAGAUUGAUACUAGUGUUAAGGAAGCUGCUUAUCAUGCUUGGCUUGGUUAUUAUAACUCGAUUAAUGAAAUUGGCAGAGACAAAACCUCACUUGUUGAGUUAGCCAACCAGUUUUCACAAUCUAUUUGUUUAGAAAAGCCUCCUGCGCUCUUCCGAAAAACAGCUUUAAAGAUGGGAUUGAAAAAUAUUACUGGCAUUCGAAUCCGGAAGUAGCACCAUCUUUUUGGUUCUUCAAUGGUCAACAUAACGACAAGGACUGUGUAUAUUGGUUUUCAAUCUAGUUUCUGCAUUUCAUUUUUCACCCAUGAUGUUUUCUUUGUAUGUGAUUUAACUUGAAUCUCAAUAGUAUAAUCAAGAUCCCUGAAAGAUUAUGUUGAUUUGAGCAUAUUGCAAACUGAACAUGCAUGGAAUUUUUGUACCGUGCAGACUUUGUGGCAUUUUUUAGUUUGAAAUCAUAUUGAUUUUGUACUCAAAA